CUUCCAGAACAGUCAUGCCAAACUUGGAAAGCACCUUGAUCCUCACAGCCUACAUCAUCAUCUUCCUCAUCGGUCUGCCUGCCAACCUCCUGGCCCUACGGGCCUUCGUGAGGCGGGUCCGCCAGCCCCACCCCGCGCCCAUCCACGUCCUCCUGCUCAGCCUGACGCUGGCGGACCUCCUGCUGCUGCUGCUGCUGCCCUUCAAGAUGGUUGAGGCCGCGUUCAACUUCUACUGGUACCUGCCCGAUCUGGUCUGUGCCCUCAUGGGUUUUGGCUUCUACAGCAGCAUCUACUGCAGCACGUGGCUCCUGGCCGGCAUCAGCGUCGAGCGCUACCUGGGAGUGGCUUUCCCCGUGCAGUACAAGCUGUCCCGCCGGCCUGUGUAUGGAGUGAUUGCUGUCCUGAUCGCCUGGAUCAUAUCCUUUGGUCACUGCACCAUGGUGAUCUUCAUUCAGUACUCAAACUCAACCCAGAGGGCCACAAAUAAGUCUAACAAAACCUGCUAUGAGGACUUCACCCAAGAGCAGCUGAACGUGCUGCUUCCUGUGCGGCUGGAGCUGUGCCUCGUCCUCUUCUUCAUCCCCAUGGUGGUCACCAUCUUCUGCUACUGGCGCUUCGUGUGGAUCAUGCUGACCCAGCCUCACGUGGGGGCCCAGAGGCGGCGUCGAGCUGUGGGGCUGGCUCUCGUGACGCUCCUCAACUUCCUGGUGUGCUUCGGGCCCUAUAACAUAUCCCACCUGGUGGGGUUCCACACGAAGGAAAGCCCCAAAUGGCGGGCAGAAGCUGUGGUAUUCAGUUCCCUCAACGCCAGUCUGGACCCCUUGCUCUUCUAUUUCUCUUCCUCGGUCGUGCGCAGGGCCUUCGGAAAAGGGCUGCAGGCACUGCGGCAUCAGGGCUCCUCCCUGCUGGGACGCAGAGGCAAAGAGACAGUGGAGGUGGUGAAUGCGGACAGGGGUGUGAGUCAAGCGGAGGGAGUGCCCAGUUCUGACUUCACCACGGACUAGGGAUGUCCCUGGACCUUCGGAGGUACUCUGGGUUUUGUAGGAGUUGAGCAGGCUGGGAGGAGAACAUGGGUUCCUGCCCCAGAUUCAGGAAUCCUCAGACUCAGACCACCACCGGGACUGUAAAAAUCUUCCUCACCAGCUUGGUAUUCUUUCUGGACUGAAUUUUCCUUCCCAAAGGAGCACAGCUCCAGGACAGAAGAAAUGACUGGGCACAGAAGCACUAUCGGACCAUAGUUUCUAAAGCAACGCAGCUAAUACAAAUUCCAAUAGUCCUUGCGAGGUGGCUGGGAGCUAAAGCAGAGAGCCCUAAAGCAACCUCGCUACCAGCUUUGAAACAACACCUACACACUGCUCUAGCUGUUGCUGCUAGAAUGAAGCCAGUGGGAAAGAGAUAGAAGAGAAAUACUAAAUGAGGUCAAGGAAGAUGCAGGAAGGUUCUGAACCAAGGGAAUUAGGUGGGAGGACGGGGGCUUAGACCUAUAAUGGCCCAGGUGUGGACAAUAUCCAUCUCACCUGCUGCUUUUUAAGUAGGAUCCAGUCGUCUUCAUGUGUGUACCUGUCUCCCCCAAUAAACUGGGAGCCACCUGAGGUCUGGGUCUUGUCUUCUCCCUCCAUGGCGCCCCCCCCCCGCCCCCAACAGGUCAAAACCCAGCUUGGCACCCAUCAGUUAGAGCUCAACACUGACCAGCACAGGAAAAGACAACCUGAUCUGGCAGAUUGAAAAUAAAGAUUAGGGACUUCCCUGGUGGUCCAGUGCUUAAGACUCUGUGCUUCCACUGCCGGGGGCGUGCAUUCGAUCCCUGGUUGGGGAGCUAAGAUCCUGCAUGCUGCAUGGCA